UAAGACUGGAAAGGAGCAGUGGGGAGGCAGCAGGAGCCCCGUGGGGCAGGAGGGCUCCCCGCUGCCCACCCGAGCCCGGCAGUGCCGCUCCUGGCUCGCAGCCCGGGCACUCCCUCGCCUCCUCCGAGUUUGCCUUGCGUAAGGCGGCCCUGGCCGAGCCUAUAAAGCCGCAGCCUGCGGGGUCGGUGCCAGCGGCACCAUGGCAGCUGCGAGGGACACGGCGCUGCUGGCCUGGAUCCUCUUCGUCGGGGGCACGGCGCUGGUGGCCACAGAACAACCAGAAGCGGAGACCAAAUAUGGGACAGUCCGAGGGUACCAAUUCAAAGUGGACACAGCUGAGAGGACUGUAAAUGUCUUUUUGGGACUUCCUUUUGCCAAGCCUCCGGUUGGAUCACUGAGGUUUUCUGAGCCCCAGCCACCUGAGCCGUGGGAAGGUGUCAGAGAUGCCACUUCCUACCCACCAAUGUGUCUACAGGACCAAGUACAAGGACAGUAUUUUUCAGACAUUAUUACCAACAGAAAAGAGAAAGUUCCUCUCCAAGUGUCUGAGGAUUGCUUGUACCUAAAUGUGUACACACCCGUUUCUACAGGAAAACAGGAGAAGCUGCCUGUCUUAGUAUGGAUCCAUGGAGGUGGAUUAGUUUUUGGAGCAGCUUCAUCUUAUGAUGGCUCAGCAUUAGCAGCCUUUGACAACGUGGUGGUUGUAACAAUUCAGUACAGACUAGGUGUUGCUGGAUAUUUUAGCACUGGUGAUGAGCACGCCCGAGGUAACUGGGGAUAUUUAGACCAAGUUGCGGCUCUUCGGUGGAUUCAGGAAAAUAUCAUGCAUUUUGGAGGAGAUCCAGGAUCUGUCACUAUCUUUGGAGAAUCUGCAGGAGGAAUCAGUGUUUCUGCUCUUGUCUUAUCUCCCCUGGCCAAGGGCUUGUUCCACAAAGCCAUUUCAGAGAGUGGUACUGCAACCAUGGGCUUGUUCACUGACCAGCCUAACGAGGAUGCACAGAAAAUUGCUGCUGUCUCUGGCUGUGAAAAAUCCAGUUCAGCUGCAAUGGUUGAAUGCUUGAGAGGAAAAACAGAAGAAGAAUUAGUACAGAUAACACUGAAAAUGGACAUGACAACACUGCAGCUCUGCACUGAACCCUCGCCUGACAAGUGCAAACAGGAUUUCUUUUUCAUCAGUGCAUGUGUAGAUGGUGUGUUUUUUCCAAAGAGUCCCAGGGAAUUACUAUCUGAAAAAUCAACCAAUGCAGUUCCAUACAUAAUAGGAGUAAAUAACUGUGAAUUUGGAUGGGUAAUUCCUAUGAUGAUGAAAUAUCCUCCUUUCCUGGAUGGUCUGGAUAAAGAUGUUGCACGUCAUAUUUUACAGAGCAACUUAGCAUUAUUCACUAAGGGUAUUACAUCUGAAGUUGUUGACAGAGUGUACAAGGAGUACAUGGGGGAUGCAGAAAGCCCUGCUCAGGUCCGGGAUGGCCUCCUGGAUGCAAUGGGAGAUCUCUACUUUGUCAUCUCAUCCGUGGAAGUGGCCAGACACCACAGAGAUGCUGGCCACCCAGUCUACUUUUAUGAAUUCCAACAUCGAACAAGUUCAAUGGAAGGUUUGGUACCAGAGUUUGUAAAAGCAGAUCAUGGAGCUGAGAUUGCCUUUGUCUUUGGAAAGCCAUUCUUAGCUGGAGGUGCUACAAAAGAAGAAAAUCAACUUAGCAGAACGGUUAUGAGAUACUGGACCAACUUUGCUAAAAAUGGAAAUCCCAACGGAGAGGGCUUGGUCCAUUGGCCUCAGUAUGACCUGGAGGAAAAAUACCUGGGAAUAGACCUGGAGCAGAAGGCAGCAGAGAAACUGAAACAACACAGAAUGGAGUUUUGGGCCCAAUUCGUGCAACAAAAUCAGACCAGGAGGAGAAAACACACAGAUUUAUAAGAGCUGUGCAGGGCACAGUUUGCUGUUAAAACCCAAAGGGAAGUCAAACAGAAUGAGUUUGUCAGGAUGCAGAGUGAUGAUCACCUUCUAACUCACUGUUGUGUAAUCUGCUGUCCUGAUCACAGUGAAAGGAGAGAAACAAGUGGAAUUCAGAAUGUUUGUCAGACUAAAAAUCACUGUUUAAUGAAGCAGGCAGAAAAAACCCCACAGUCUUUGCAGGUCCAAACAGACCAUGGCACCUACUCAGUGCAUAUCAAACUGAAUAGUGAGGUGGGAAUGGGCAAAUGAGUUGAAAUCUGUAAGAAAUUAUCUACCUAGAAUAUACAAUAAAUGUCAGACUAUUUGA